AGGAUCGCGCUGCACUGUCCCAGCCAUAAACCCGCUGCCCGGCCAGGGGGCCGAUAACAGCGGGGCUGAAGUCCAACGCAGGCAGGUCCUGGGGAGCACAUUCCAACCCGGGGCUCACGCUGUGGCCUCUCCCAGCUCCAUUUUACCGUCGCGGUGGCCGGGAUGGCUGCAGGCGGGCAGGCGAUGCUGGUCCUCCUGGUGCUGCUGGUCAGAACCGUCCUCCCCAGCGGGUCCGUGGUCGUCAACAGCUGCAGCAGCGCGGCUGAGAAGCUCUGCAACUUCAUCUGUGACUGCAGCGACUGCUCGGAUGAGAACCAGUGCGGGUACCUACGGGGCUCAGCAGUGCUGGGCACCCCCUUCACCUGUGACUUCGAGGACAGUGACUGUGGCUGGCAGGACGUGGGCACCUCGACGUAUGGAUGGGUGCGAGGCCGGGCCAGCCUGGCCACAUGGGGCGUGGGGCCUCAUUCAGACCACACCAUGGGUACUGACCUGGGUUGGUUCUUGGCAACCACAUCCCCCCCAGCAAAGACCACGGCCACGGCCUGGCUCAGGUCACCUGAGAUGCGGGAAGCAGCUGCCACAUGUGAGAUCAGAACCUGGUAUCACCUCUCAGGGAGCUGUGAGAGCACCCAAGGACUGAACCAGACAGAGCAGCCAGUGCUGCGCCUGGCUGUGGCACUCAAGGACGAGGUGGUGGGGCUGUGGCAGAGCCCCGAGCGCAGCAGUGAGGGCUGGCACCAGCUGGUUGCCUACCCUGGCCGGAUCACGGAACAGUUCCAGCUCAUCUUCUCCCUUACACAACCACCCACCUGCGGGGCAGAGGUGGCACUCGAUGACAUCAUGUUCAGGAACUGUGGUUUAUCAGAGGUCGAGCAGCAGGUCUGUGAGGCCCAGGAGAGCCGCUGCCACCGCGGCUCCUGCCUGGCACAUCAUCGUUUCUGUGACGGCACUGACGACUGCGGGGACAGCUCGGAUGAGGAUGUGGCACAGUGCGAGAACGUCACCCGCUGCUCCUUUGACCACGAUCUCUGUGGCUGGGAGGAGGUGGCCGGGCAACCGGUGUGGGGCAGGAACACGAGCCUGAACCUGGGCACCUCCUACGGCAUUCCCACUCGGGACCACAGCAACAACAGCAGGGCUGGUUUUUUCCUCCACUUGGGCAGUGGCCGGACUGCACAGGCUGGUGGCACAGCUCAACUCAGCAGCCCCACCUUCCAAGCCACCAACUCUUGUUCUCUCGUGUUGUACUGCCACCUCCAUGGCUCAGCCACCAGCAAACUCAGCAUCUUCUAUGUGACCAACUUUACUAAGCACCUAAUGAGAGAGAGGACGGGAGACCUGGGCAGCUGCUGGGUCCGGGAGAGAGUGAACUUCAACUCGACGGAUCCCUUUAAGGUGCUGAUUGAGGGAGUGGCUGGCAGUGGAGGGACUGUGGCCAUCGAUGACCUGAUCCUGUCUCAGGGCUGUGUGAAGGAGCAGGAGGAGCCGGUGGUCAUGCUGCCGAGCCAGGCAGGUGCCAGCCCCUGCACAGCAGACGAGAUGGCCUGUGACAGUGGGGACUGCAUUGCUGCAGAGCUGGCCUGCGACUUCGCUGACACGUGUGCUGAUGGCUCUGACGAGAAGCGCUGUGGGACAACAACCUUUGAGUCGGGGGCUGCAGGCUGGCACGAUGUCAGUGUGGGGCGGCUGCGCUGGGGUCUGGAGAAGGUCACUGAAUCUGACAGCUUCCUCACAGGGACUUUCCUGGCCCUCCAGACAGGAGAAGGACAAAUGGUGGGUCCUGCGAAGGCACGAACACCUCCACUGGGCCCCUCUGGCCCUGCCUGCACCAUGGAGAUGAGCUACCACAUCCACAGUGACACUCAAGGCUUCCUUGCCAUCAGUGUCACAGAUCACACGACUGGCACCACCCAGCUGGCCUGGCAGACGCAAGGUCGUGGCAACACAACUAGGGGUCGUGUCCAUGUCCCACUGGGAGAAAGAAGCCGUCCCUUCCAGGUUGAGCUGCUGGCACUGGUGGAUCUCCAGGGCUUGGAGAGUGUUGGUGUUGACAAUGUGACAUUCGAGCAGUGCUACCUCGACGUGGUGUUACCCACAGCUGCGGAGCUGUCCUGCAACUUUGAGACGGGCAUGUGUGGCUGGUACCAGGAUCUGUCCAGUGACUUCAAAUGGGUCCACAGCACAGGGCAGGGACAGGGUUCUGACCACACCACUGGCUCGGGCUACUUCUUGUCUGUGGACCCCUCUGUGCCAUGGAGCCAUGGGCAGCGGGCCCAGCUCCUCACCUCCUGCCAGGAACCGGCCACUGCCCCACGCUGUCUCUCCUUCUGGUACCGCCUGGCCGGCCCACAAAUUGGUACCCUGAACCUCAAGCUAUGGCUGGAGGGAGGGGAGGAGGUGGUGCUGUGGACCCACCGAGGAACCCAGGGCAGCAUCUGGCACCGGUCGUGGGCAACACUGCCCACCACGGGCCAGCAGCGGUACCAGGUGGCUUUCGAGGUGCUGCAUGAUGGUUUCCUGGGGGAUGUGGGGCUGGACGACAUCACGGUGACAGCGGGACCCUGUGGGGCCGAGCUCUCCUGCACCUUCGAGGUGGAGAGCUGUGGGCUGGCAGCCAGUGGAAAGGGCACCUGGCAGCGACAGAGCAAUGGCACCGGCACCACUGCAGGCCCUGUGGCUGACCACACCACCGGCACUGCCACAGGCCAUUACAUGGUGGUGAACACAGGCAGGGUCUUUCUGCCUGCAGGGCAGACGGCUGCCCUCACCUCCCAAUUCUACCAGCCCUCCGUGUCUGCCCAGUGCCUGGCCUUCUGGUACCAGCUGAGCACAGGCACCCCAGGCUCCCUCAGGGUGUUCGUGGAGCAAAGCAGGGUGAAGAGAAAGGUUCUGAGCAUGAGCACCAUGGAAGGGAGCAACUGGCACCGCAGCCACGUCACCAUCCAGCCUGAUGGCGAGUGGCAGGUGGUGUUUGAGGCAGUGGGAGCUGGGGGUGACCAUGGAUACAUCGCACUGGACGACCUGCACGUGUCAGAUGGAGCCUGCCCUGAGCCAGCAUCCUGUGACUUCGAGCAGGACACCUGUGGCUGGAGCAGCCCCUCGGACCCCCGCUUGCACAGCUUUGCCUGGGGCUGGAAGAGCGGGAUCACCCUGUCCAAGUACCCUGGCCCUGAGCAGGAUCACAGCCUGGGCACAAGGAAUGGUCACUACAUGCACUUCGACACCAGUGUGCUGGGUGCCAGGGGCACCAGUGCUCUGCUGGAGAGCCCACCCCUGCCCGCGGCCACCGACUCCUGCCUGCGGUUCUGGUACCACAUGGACAUCCCGGAGUACCUCUCCAGCGGGGAGCUGCAGGUGACGCUGCAGGGCGCGGCGGGGCAGCGCACAGUGUGGAGCGUGGCAGGGCACCGCAGCCGGGGCUGGCAGGGCGCCGUGGUGCCGGUGCAGAGCCCCAGUGAGUUCCAGAUCAGCUUUGAGAUAACCACACGGAGGUGGCCGAUGGAGGGGACAGUGGCACUGGAUGACAUCAUGUACAGCCCCGGGGUGGGCUGCCAUUCCAGCCCGGAGAAUCCAGUGGAAGAGAAACCCUCGGGCAACUUCGUGGCAGAGGUAGUGCUCAGUCUGCUCGUGGCUCUCCUCAUCGUGGGGCUGGUGGCUGCUGGGGGCUGGCACUGCCUGAAACAGCGAGGAGUAGCGAGCAGGACACCAACAGAGAGCAACAGUCCCCAGGGCUUCGACAACAUCACCUUCCGGGAUGACAAGGUCAUUAUAUCUCCAAGAGAAGGGGAUGAGUCUUGAAAUUAGCAGCCAGCAGCAGGAAUUGCCUGCGCCCCCCGGGCAGACCACCCUCGACAGGAACCCACACUCCAUCAGUUGCCUGCUCUCUGCCCCCGGCACCGGGGAGCCGGCAACCCGGGGAGCCUGUCCCGGCCAGGGACACACUCACAUCACUACCUCCAAGUGCUCGGGAAAAGCGUUGUUGUUUGUAACAUGAACUUACUGCUUUCAAGACACA